AUGAGCGAACUUCAGAAUAAAACCUCAACUCAAGACAACAAGUAUUUCAAACACCCUUGUCUUGACCCAAGAAGCAAUAAAUGCACAGCUGAUGAAUAUUUCAAAGAAAUUGCCUACCAAAUAGAUCUAUAAGAGUAUGUCAAUAUCUGGGCGAUAUGUAAUCAAUACUUCAUUUACUAAGUUGAAGAAGAUGAAUCAGCUCCUGGUUAAGGUGUAUUGACCAUUGUAAACUUUGAAAAAGAACAACAUACAGUUAAGAUUUAGAAUUUCACAAGAAAUCUCACCAGUAAAUAACAAAAUUUUAAUCUUCAUAAUUCAAUAGAACAUAUAAGCUAUAACAGUGGAGUAUUGAUAGAGGCAAGCGAUAACUAAUUUCAAGCAAUUAUGCUAAAUGAGACUGUUUUCGAUAAUAAUUUUACAACAAUUAACGCCCUAAACCAAAAAAUCAGAAAAGUAUCAACAGAUGUCAAAAUCUAAGCAUUAUUCAUUCUUGAACCUUGUAGAAAUAAGAACUUUUCAUACAUCUGCUUUGAAACUGAUGACGCCAUUUUGGACUUUAAUAGAAUUUUUUUAACAAACAUUGACUCAGAGGAUGACUCUUUAUUUUCAUAUUCUUUCGAAUAAAUUGGAGAAAUCAAUCAUAGAGGAACAUGUAUUAAUGAUCCGAUCGUUAAGAUUGUCAUGGUGUUCAUUAAGACCUUCAACUACACAAUAGCUUAAAGAGCUUCUGGAGGAGUUGAUUUAUAUUGGAAUUUAAGAAUGAAGGACACAAUUGAAAAAAACCUUGUUUCUGACAUUGCUAUAAGUUUAACAUCUCUUUACUUCAAGAUGCAGGAUGGAACAUAUAAAUACUUUGAUCAUAAUAGUAAUGAGGAUAUAUCAUUUGAUCAGGCAGUUGAAAUUUCAAAUGAUUAGCUCAAAUUUGAUCAAAUUCAUGUUAGAAUCGUCCAAAAUAUAGUUAAAAUCUAUUCUGGAAUGAAUAUGGUUCAUAAUAAAGAUACAGGAAAAACACUUUAUCUCAUAUCUCACGGCAAAUUCCUCUCUGUCUUCGAUAUUGAUUAUAUGACUUGGAUUAAUCAUUUAUAGUUUGAAGAAGAAAUUUUUGCUAUAUUCAAGAAUAAAGUUUCUAUAUUAUAAGAUGAUAAUAUAGUUGAUAAUCGAAUUCUAUAAGAGGAUUCUGACGAUAAUUAUAUUUCAGACUUCUAGGUCAUUUUGACAAAUGGUGAUAUUCAUUAGUAGAUUCUAGAAAUUUACGAGUAAAAUGAGAUUGUUUCGUCAGAGAGAUGCAAGAUCAGACUUUAAGGUAAAGUGCUAAGACUUUCUGAAGAUAUUAUCUUGAAUCGCAGCAUUUUUAUAGUUUUUAAACAAGAAAACUAAGACAUAUGCCUAAAGUAAAUUAGAAAUGACAAAGCAUAUGAUGUUUAAAUUCCGAACCCACUUAAGAACCUAAAUGCAAUCUAAUAUCAAUUUAGAGAUAAAUAGUUAGCUUAUGUACUUAUUCAAAAUGGGAUAAAACUGUCUCUCUACAAAUUGAUACUAAAUAAAGAAGGACCUGGCUAGUUAAAUUUAUAGCUACUUCAUUAACUAAAUGGGGGUGAUACUGUAACUGGAACCAUUCACGCAAUAACAUCAUAUGACAUUGAGAAUCAUUUAAUCGUGGUGGAUGAAUUAAAUAUGUAUGUUUACAAAAUUUUAGAAGCAACUUGGAAAAUUUACUCAAAAUAGUAUUGUACUGGCCUAUCUUACUUCGAUAAAAAUACAAGUUAUAUGAUUUGCUAGCAAAAUCGUCGUUCAAUUAACCCUGGGCUAAGGAUGCUUGAUAUGGAGGCAUUAAUAUCUAAAGAUCGCCUAGUAGCCCCACUUCUUAAAGAUGUUCAAAUUGGUGCAAGAGUAAAUUUCUACUAUGAUUAUGUAUUCGCCCGACUUAGUUUUAUCUAAUCAAUCACUAAUGCCUUAAUCUUCCCAGUUCUGCAUUGGAACUAAUUUAAUUUCAUGGGAUAUCAAGGCUAAGGAAAUUAUCUAUGCUAUAAAGUUAUUGGAGAUAAAUUUAUAGCUUUACAGAGUAAUGGUGUGCUGUAAUCUUGGGAUAUGAUAUCAGCUAAACUUCAUGAAAAGAUACAAUUAGAAGUGAAUGAUUAUAGUGGUUAUUCAUUACAUUCGACUAAUCGAAUGGAUGCAGUGUUGUUAUCAUCAAAUUAUUUGAAACUGAUGGUGCAUUAUAAAAGCUAUUCUGACUUCAACUGA